UGGGUUGGUUGGCUCUGCAUCCUCAUUCCGCUAGAGAAGGGUGGCUGCUGAUUAGGAACACGCAACUCUCGGCAGGAGGAACAACCGAGAAUAUAAGGCUGAGAUGAGGAGCAGAGGGAACCAGGGACUCAGACAUACCCCAGGCUCUGGCCCAGCUGUGCAGGACUGGCUGACUGGGGGGCGGAGGGAAAGAGGUGCCUGAGAAUUGGAGGCGGGGUUUCUUCACAGCGGGGCUUUUCUGGCCCCCUCUUCUCGAAGCCCCGCAAUUGUGGGUGGUGUAGAUGGAGAGCUAUUCUCCCUUCCGGCACUUUCCAGUUCACCCCUUCACCCGGUGCCUCCUCCGAGCUGCAGAGGGUGGGGGGCGGGGGUAGGGGGAGCCAAUCCCGGCAGCGCCUAAGGGGGGAGGCGGCAGUGACAGCCGCGGGGAGGGGGCGGAGGAGAGGCGGCUGGGCUCAGGCUCGGCUCUCAGCUCCACGCUGCCUUCUGCUCCGCUCUCACUUGCUGCCCAAGGAUCCUGCUCCUGCCCCGGGACUCUGAGGUGGGCCCUAAAAUCCAGCGCUCCCCAGAGAAAAGCCUUGCCAGCCCCUACUCCCGGCCCCCAGCCCCAGCAGGUCGCUGCGCCGCCAGGGGGCACUGUGUGAGCGCCCUAUCCUGGCCACCCGGCGCCCCCUCCCACGGCCCAGGCGGGAGCGGGGCGCCGGGGGCCAUGCGGGGCCAAGGCCGAAAGGAGAGUUUGUCCGAAUCCCGAGAUUUGGACGGCUCCUAUGACCAGCUUACGGGCCACCCUCCAGGGCCCAGUAAAAAAGCCCUGAAGCAGCGUUUCCUCAAGCUGCUGCCGUGCUGCGGGCCCCAAGCCCUGCCCUCAGUCAGUGAAAUUGGCCUGCUCUUCUGCCGCCUUCUCGGUGACAAUUCGCUCCCUUCAGCAUUAGCUGCCCCAGCCUCCCUCCGCCCCCACAGACCCCGCCCGCUGGACCCAGACAGCGUGGAGGAUGAGUUUGAACUAUCCACGGUGUGCCACCGGCCUGAGGGUCUGGAACAACUCCAGGAACAAACCAAGUUCACACGCAGAGAGUUGCAGGUCCUGUACAGAGGCUUCAAGAACGAAUGUCCCAGCGGAAUUGUCAACGAGGAGAACUUCAAGCAAAUUUAUUCUCAGUUCUUUCCCCAAGGAGACUCCAGCAACUACGCUACUUUUCUCUUCAAUGCCUUUGACACCAACCAUGAUGGCUCUGUCAGUUUUGAGGACUUUGUGGCUGGUUUGUCAGUGAUUCUUCGGGGAACCAUAGAUGAUAGACUGAACUGGGCUUUCAACUUAUAUGACCUCAACAAGGAUGGCUGUAUCACGAAGGAGGAAAUGCUCGACAUCAUGAAGUCCAUCUAUGACAUGAUGGGCAAGUACACCUACCCUGCCCUCCGGGAGGAGGCCCCGAGGGAACACGUGGAGAGCUUCUUCCAGAAGAUGGACAGAAACAAGGACGGCGUGGUGACCAUUGAGGAAUUCAUUGAGUCUUGUCAACAGGACGAGAACAUCAUGAGGUCCAUGCAACUCUUUGAUAAUGUCAUCUAGCUCCCCAGGGAGAGGGGUUAGUGUGUCCCAGGGUAACCAUGCUGUAGCCCUAGUCCAGGCAAACCUAACCCUCCUCUCCCCGGGUCUGUCCUCAUCCUACCUGUACCCUGGGGGCUGUAGGGAUUCAACAUCCUGGCGCUUCAGUAGUCCAGAUCCCUGAGCUAAGUGGCGAGAGUAGGCAAGCUAAGUCUUUGGAGGGUGGGUGGGGGCGCGCAGAUUCCCAACCCCCGACGACUCUCACCCCUUUCUCGACUGAUACCCAGUGCUGAGGCUACCCCUGGUGUCGGGAACGACCAAGUGGUUCUCUGCCUCCCAGCCCACUCUAGAGACCACACUAGACGGAAUAUCUCCUGCUAUGGUGCUUUCCCCAUCCCUGACCGCAGAUUUUCCUCUAAGACUCCCUUCUCAGAGAAUAUGCUUUGUCCCUGUCCCUGGCUGGCUUUUCAGCCUAGCCUUUGAGGACCCUGUGGGAGGGGAGAAUAAGAAAGCAGACAAAUCUUGGCCCUGAGCCAGUGGUUAGGUCCUAGGAAUCAGGCUGGAGUGGAGACCAGAAAGCCUGGGCAGGCUAUGAGAGCCCAGGUUGGCUGUCACCGCCAGGUUCCACAGGGCUGCUGCUCUGGGUCAGCAGAGUAUGAGUUUCCAGACUUUCCAGAAGGCCUUAUGUCCUUAGCAAUGUCCCAGAAAUUCACCAUACACUUCUCAGUGUCUUAGGAUCCAGAUGUCCGGUCCAUCCCUGAAACCUCUCCCUCCUCCUUGCUCCUAUGGUGGGAGUGGUGGCCAGGGGACGAUGAGUGAGCGGUGUCCUGGAUGAUGCCUGUCAAGGUCCCACCUACCCUCCGGCUGUCAGCCGUUCUGGUGACCCUGUUUGAUUCUCCAUGACCCCUGUCUAGAUGUAGAGGUGUGGAGUGAGUCUAGUGGCAGCCUUAGGGGAAUGGGAAGAACGAGAGGGGCACUCCAUCUGAACCCAGUGUGGGGGCAUCCAUUCGAAUCUUUGCCUGGCUCCCCACAAUGCCCUAGGAUCCUCUAGGGUCCCCACCCCCACUCUUUAGUCUACCCAGAGAUGCUCCAGAGCUCACCUAGAGGGCAGGGACCAUAGGAUCCAGGUCCAACCUGUCAUCAGCAUCCGGCCAUGCUGCUGCUGCUUAUUAAUAAACCUGCUUGUCGUUCAGCGCCCCUUCCCAGUCAGCCAGGGUCUGAGGGGAAGGCCCCCACUUUCCCGCCUCCUGUCAGACAUUGUUGACUGCUUUGCAUUUUGGGCUCUUCUACCUAUUUUGUAUAAUAAGAAAGACACCAGAUCCAAUAAAACACAUGGCUAUGCACA